AUGUUCUGCGCCAAUGUCAUCGGGAUUGCUGGAUCCAGCCUAAGUUUCGUUUUACUCUUCACUGGAAUCCUGACUGACUUCUGGCUGGUCAAUUUUGGUGUAGGACUGACCCAUGAAGGUCUCUGGCAGAUCUGUUCCAAAGAUAUCUGCUCCAAAAUCGCAGGACUAAGUAAGCUAAAUUUUCUUACAGACUAUGCGUCCAUCUACCUAGUAGCAGUAUAGCAAUAUAAUCUCUCCUUUCGAAUUCACUCUGUGCAGACAGCAAGACCGCCAGGUCUGGAAAAGGAGAUAAUGGAAAUACCCAACGUAUCAAAGUAUGGAAUCCUCCACCACUUGUUUAAUCUGCAUCCUGGGAUAAACUUUUAAUAUCAGUUUUCCCAAUAACUAUCAAUUAGCCUAACACGCAGCUGAUCAUUUAGCAAGUUUUAUGGAAACUGGAAUACUUUAAGAAAUUAAUUUGUGUUAGGCUUCCAUACAAGUCUGUCUUAUGAUAACGCUUACGAGGUACAUUUUGAUUUUUCUUCCAUAGGGUUUAUUGAAGCCACCCGUGCACUCCUGAUCAUCUCCAUGUCUUUCCUUACAUUUGCAAUGCUGUCUUCUUGCCUAUCAUUCAAGAACUUUUCCAUUGGAAAAAUCACCUGUGCCCUGAUAGCUGCUCUCAUGGAAUUUCUAGCAGGUAUGGAAUCCUACUAUUAAUAACUAAACCUUCGAGGCUUCUUUGAAAGAGACUGGUACCCACCAGCAAGUUGCUGGCUUCAGUGCAAUAACACUGAUUUAAUUUCCAGGUUCCCCAAGGGUCUGGUACAGUCCUAUAGCAUGUAUCUGCCUAUACCAACUAUACAGUCGGUACAGUGAAUUAAGCAAUUUGCACUUGAAGAAUAGACUGCCUGUUAAUUAUAUGCAAACCCUGACAAUAAUCCUGCUGCCUUCAACUCUGGUUCUCCUUCCACUAUUCUCUGUAGACAUCAGAAUUGGUCUGGGGGAAAAAUAGUGUUUGUAUGGAAAGGAGAUCUGUCUUUUUUCCAAAACUUAAUUGCUUCAGCAGUGGUGGAACUACCGCGGUCGCAGGGGUUGGAGCUGCGACCGGGCCCACCACUCCAGGGGGCCCAGCCGCCCUGCAGACACCUGCAACCGCGGGUCCCGUCGGCUAUGUAAUGCAGCCCUGGCCUGCUACCUUAAAUGGGCCCAUCAGGUGGCCCAUGCUAUUAGGGUCAAGGUCACCCAAUGCUAUGUGCUUCCAGGGGGCCCGGUCAGUGCUUUAACAGUGCGACCGGGCCCCCUCUGAUGAGGUCAGAGGCUGGGAGGAAGUGACUGCCACAGUCACUUGCUCCCAGUAACCAUCGGGAGCCGCACGGGAGGAAGAAGAGGAGGGAGUCAGAGUGGGGACUCUGACUCCCGUCAGGCUGAGCCACUGGACCCCAGGGAAAGGUAUGUGUGUGCAUGUAUGUCUAUGUAUCUGUAUGUAUGUCUGUCUGUCUGUUUGUGUAUGUCUGUCUGUCUGUCUGUGUGUCUGUAUGUGUGUGUGUGUCUGUAUGUGUGUGUGUGUCUGUCUGUGUAUGUAUGUGUGUAUGUCUGUUUGUCUGUAUGUAUGUGUUUGUCUGUAUGUGUGUGUGUGUAUGUCUGUCUGUGUAUGUGUGUGUGUGUGUGUGUGUAUGUCUGUCUGUGUGUGUGUGCAUGUCUGUCUGUGUUAAUGGAUGUGUAUGUCUGUCUGUAUGUGUGUGUGUGUGUGUGUGUGUCUGUAUGUCUGUCUGUCUGUGUGUCUGUAUGUAUGUGUGCACCAAAAUAAAAAGUCCAAUAGAUUAUCAGAUGCUUUGAUUAUUCUUUAAUUGUAAAUCGUCCAGGCUUCUGGUGGUGGCAGGUAUAUGAAAUAAAGAAGAAAGAUAGCCAGUAGUGGAUCAGAGUAUCUAGUACCAAGCGCAGAACAAACAACAAAGAGGUCUAUGAUGUAGCACUCACAUUUAGUAGUGAGUUUGAAAAGGCAGCAUUUACAUUGAAAGUCUGCAGGGACAGACUAUACAAGGUAGGAGGCAGAACAUUAGAGGAACACUAUAGUCACCUAAACAACUUUAGCUUAAUGAAGCAGCUUUAGUGUAUAGAUCAUGCCUCUCAGGUUUCACUGCUCAAUUCUCUGUCAUUUAGGAGCUAAAUCACGUUGUGCCUGUUUAUGCAGCCCUUGUCACACCUACCUUAAACAAUUGUAUCUCCUGCUCUGUAAAUUGAACUUUAAUCACAUACAGGAGGCUCUUGCAAGGUCUAGCAAGCUAUUAACAUAGCAGGGGAUAAGAAAAUCUAAAUUAAACAGAACUUGCAAUAAAGGAAGGAUAAACAUUAGAUGGCUCUUUACAGGAAGUGUUUAUGGAAGGCUAUGCAAGUCACAUGCAGGGAGGUGUGACUAGGGUUCAUAAACAAAGGUAUUUAACUCCUAAAUGGCAGAGAGUUGAGCACUGAGACUGCAGUGGCAUGAUCUAUACAUCAAAACUGUUUCAUUAAGAUAAAGUUGUUUUGGUGACUAUAGUGUCCCUUUAAGCUGUAGUGAUUCUGGUGACUAUAGUGUGAAUAAUUAUAUUAUUAAGGAAGGGCCAUAUACAAUUUUUUUUAAAUAUGAAUUUGCCUCUGUAGCCGACAUUUAUUUACCAGGUUCCUGUGUUAAUAUUGUAAGAAUGUGGACAUCACUGCUCACCUGGAUAUAUAGAUGCAGGCUGUAACUUUAACAUGUGUUCUUAUCAUGCGAUAAUAUUCAUCUGACAGUGUUUGUCUGUUACAGUCCUUUUCCUUAUUACUGGGAUGUCAGUCUACACGGGGGAGACAGCAUAUCAAGUCAAUAACAACUCCUAUAAUUACCAAUGGUCAUUCUACCUGUGCUGGACUGCGACUCUAACAACUCUGACAGCAGGUAAGUGUGUUCUGGGGUGUGUAGCCCACCAGUCAUUUAAAAGAACACUCCGUGCCAGUAUCAGCUGUAAUUAAUCCCCAAAAUAGCUCAUUUGUAUUAAAUAGAUUUUAGGAGAUAGGUUUUAAUGUACGUGAUAAACCUCACAUAUCUAACCUUUCUUUUCCCCACUAAAUGGCCACCCAAGCUUCAUAACCUAUUGAGUCCAUAAUAGUUUUAGUGCUAGAGUCUAGCUAAGAAUGCCCUUUAACUAGGGGUGCCAAUAGAAAAUGUUUCAUCUUACCGCAUCACAACUGUGGCGGUUCUGUAAGGAGCAUCGUAGUCAUAGUACAUAUUGGUCCUGAAUAUCACCCCACAGUACUCAUCAACACGGAAAUUACUCCCAAAUGGUGCUGUAGAUUUUAUUUUAAAAAAGCUGGAUGCUUUUAUUGCAAAAACAGAAUAUUAAUGGAUAUAACUGAUAGAAACAUAGAAACAGACUAGGUGGGCCCAAACAGUUCUUAUCUGCCCUCACAUUCUAUGUUUCUAUGAACUUGAUGGACUUUAGACUUUUUUCCAGCCUAGAUUACUGUGUAACCUCAUAUUCCACAGCAAUGGGAAACAAGACAGGCAUUUAAUUCUAACACAACAUGUAUAUUCCACUGGUAUUCAUAGCUAAAGGCUUAUAGUUUAUUUACUAUCAUUUAUGUAUAGAUAUUCUAUAGAACUGGAUACACUGAGUGCAUUAAACUAACAGAUUAAAAAAAAAAAACUGGUUCAUUCGACAUAAUUUUCUGUGAAUAUAAUUUUAAAUAAUCUUUUGCAUUUACUGAGGUAAAUUGUGCUGUAGAGGUAAAUAACAUACUUACCUCUGCAGUUGUUUAGUAUGGAAGAGUCCAGGGCCCCCAUACACCUUCCCUUAGUGACAUUAGCUAAUUUCAGGGCUUGGGUCCAGGCCUACAGUCUGUGGGCAGGAUGCUGGCCUUCAUGCCCGUCCAAAUGUCCAUGGCACGAGAGAUUCCAUCACACUUCCAAACUGCAAAUAUGGAAAAGAAGGUCUCAGCAUUUGACUUAAAGGGACAUUUUAAGCACCAUCAUCACUACAGCUUAAUGGUGUGGUUCUGUGAAACAAAGACUGUCCCUGCAGUUUUUGCAGUGUAAAAGCUGACUUUUCUGAGAAAAAGUAGCAUUUACAUUGCUGCAUUACUCCGCCUCUAGUGGCUAUCACUCACGUAGCCACUUCCUGGUUGUGGUCCUGCCAUCUUUGCAGGUGGCGAUAUUCAGGUACUGAACAAACCCCAUAGAGAUGCAUGGAGUAAAGAGGAUAUUGAUUGGUGCAAUGUAGCAAUUGCUGCACAUUCAUACUAGAAAUGGAUUGGCUGAGAUCAUUAGGGGAGUGGCAAAUACAGGAAGACAGGAACGCAGGUGGACUACAGGUAACUAAUUCAAUUUAUUUUAUUACUUUAGGGGGGAGGGCCUUUACUGCUGUAUCUCUCCAAUGUUAGGGAUACAUUUUUUUUGCUUUAAAGGGCUAAUCUUCAUGCUUGUCAAAAUCAUUUGCUGAGCAAUCAGUAAUUGCUACAAUGGCUGCCUCUAAUAUUAGCAAUUACCAACUGUCUACACACUAAAAAAACUCAACAGUGCUGAAAAGAAUGUUCAUAUUCUACUUUAGAUACAUCAAUGUCAUCCCUAUUUGUAUGGAAUGUAUUGGCUAGGCGUGUCUGCUGACUCUCUCAGCCAAUGAAUAUUGUCCAAACAAAAAUAGGGUCACUUGCGAUCGCAAAUGCUGAAGUAGGAAGAGGGGCUGACCGUAAAUGGUUUAACUCAAAAAUGGUUUAACUCAAAAAUGGUUUAACUCUUACCCGGGUACAGCACCAAGGGCACACUGUAGUUGUUGUGGUGUUUAGAGUGCUAAUUAAAGGCAAAAGUCUAUAAAAAUGACUGGGGCUUUAAUAUCGUUUUAGACUGCCAGAGACCUUUACAAACGUUACUCUACUUUAACCCCUUAAGGACACAACUUCUGGAAUAAAAGGGUAUCAUGACGGAAUAUUUCCGUCAUGUGUCCUUAAAGGGGUUAAACUGUAAACUCCUGUCGACAGGACUCUCUGGACCUCUUGUUUCCCUUCACCAUAACAUUUGCAUGCGUUGGCUCUUUUCUAUAUAUUCACAAACUCAUGAUGUAGAAAAUGAUUUUCUCAAAUUAAUACUUAACUGUAAAGUAAUAAGUGUAAUCUUAGGGGGGUCAGCUUGAACCUCUUUGUAAUAUUAAUGAGAUCAAUCAAUUCUGCGUUGUCUCUUUUUUUCCCCCCCAGGAAUUUCCCAUGUCUUGGCACAUAAGGUUUCCCCGCAACCUGGAUACGAAUCGGUCUGA